GACCAUCAGUACAGGACAUUCAACAUUCAGACACAAGCAUGCUCAUUCCUUCCUCAGUAGCCUCCUGCGUGAUUCUUGGAGGACGUAGGGGGAACAUUCCAUUUUCAGGAUUCAUUACAAAUGUGAGUUCUAGAUUAGCAGUAUCGACUAGAAAAACAGCAGCUCGUUCCUUUAAACCGUUAAAGUCAACUCGAUGGUACAGUUCACAUGCGCACAAGACAGAUAUUGCCAUCAAAAAUUGCAGGAAUAUCGGGAUUAUUGCCCACAUUGAUGCAGGAAAGACAACUACCACAGAACGCAUGCUACACUACGCAGGAUUCACUCAUAAGAUUGGUGAUGUUGAUAGCGGGGAUACCAUUAUGGAUUAUAUGAAGCAAGAGCGCGACCGUGGAAUCACCAUUACAUCAGCAGCCAUCACAUUUGGCUGGAAGGACCACCGAAUCAACUUGAUCGAUACUCCAGGCCACGUUGAUUUUACGAUCGAAGUUGAGCGCUCCAUUCGUGUACUUGACGGUGCAGUUACUAUCUUGGAUGCUGUAGCGGGUGUGGAAGCGCAAACAGAGACUGUUUGGCAGCAGGCAGCUCGACAUGGGAUCCCGCGGAUAGCAUUUAUUAACAAAAUGGAUCGUGCCGGUGCAGGAUUUGGUAGAACAGUACGAGAAAUGAGAACACGACUAGGAUGUAAACCCGUUGUCUUGCAGAUACCGUUUAUGGAAUCACCUACUGGUGCUGGAGCUGCAGCUAGCGACGCUGAAUUCGCAGGUAUUGUAGAUAUCCUCUCAAUGGAGAUUCUUAGGUGGGACUCAAAAUCUAAAGGAGCUAAAGUCACAAAGUCACCCCUUGAUGCCUCCUAUCCCGACCAGGACCUAUAUCAGGAGGCAAUCAGGGCUCGUAUUGCACUUGUAGAACAGCUCUCUGCACUGGAUGAGAGGAUUAUUGAGCUUUUCUUAACAUUGGAGGAUCACAUGGCGGUUGAAUCCAGGGAUCUACAGGCAUCCAUCCGUAGAUUGACCUUGUCUUCGAUAAUCGUACCUGUACUUUGCGGCGCAAGCUUCAGAAAUAUUGGCGUCCAGCCUCUUAUGGAUUCUGUUGUCGAUUAUCUCCCUUCUCCUGAUGAACGUCCUGCACCAUCAGCUCGUAUGCCAGAUGGAAAAAUGGUUGAAAUCGGAACUGGAGGGUUGAAAGAGAGGCUCUGUGCGCUUGCGUUCAAAGUGAUUCAUGACGCACGGAGAGGACCUAUGGUAUUUGUUCGCGUAUACGCUGGCCAAUUGAAUGAAAGAGUGCAACUCUGGAACAGCACUGCACAUACCAAAGAGCGAGCCAAUAAAUUAUUACAGAUGUACGCUAUGGAUGUAGAAGAGAUCCCAUAUAUCACUAAGGGCAACAUUGGUGUGGUUUUGGGGCUCAAAGAUACGAGGACAGGAGACACCCUUCUGGACGCACAUGAUCCUCGUAAAGGAAUGACAUUAAGUGGUAUCAAGGUUCCAUCUCCUGUAUUCUUUGCCAGUGUGGAGCCCAUGUCAACUUCGGACGAAAAGCCAGUUGAGGAAGCAAUCAAGGCUCUAAUCCGUGAAGAUCCUUCGUUAGGAGUGCGUGUAGAUGAAGAAACUGGCCAGACUCUACUUGGUGGAAUGGGGGAAUUGCACCUUGAGAUAGCGCAGGAGAGAUUGUUGAGUGACUUCAAGGUCAAGGCUGAGAUGGGACGAAUGCGUAUCUCGUUUAAAGAGACUAUGCGUGGGGCGGGAGUCGUAUCAGAGGUUCCUAAAUGGGAAUAUGAUCGUGAAGUUUUGGGGAAACGAGGGCGUGCACGUGUUGGUGUGUCUGUAGAGAGACUUGAUCAACUUGAUGAUGCCUCAAAUGCUUCCUUUUCCUCCUUGCCCAUGUCGGAAAACAGUAGUGAUACUCAACCUAUUAGACUUGAAGAGCAUGAUGGUAAUAAGAUCUUUAUUUCGCUCACAGAGCGGACACCCAGUACAGAUGAAGCAGGUGCACAGGCCGCUGCUGAAAAGGCAACCCUCUCUGGUUCGGUUAUUCCCUCAGGGUCUACGGACCUUCCGCUUUCCGUUCUGAAGAAUGCUAUUAGAAAUGGUGUUCUAUCGGCACUUUCUCGUGGACCACUUUUGGGCUACGCACAGACGCAUCUGAAAGUACGAUUGACCGCUUUGCACUUGUACGGCGCAGACUCUACUCCUGCAGCCAUUUCGUCCUGCGUAUCUACAGCGGUCACAGAGGCGAUCCGUCUAGGAGGCAAUUCUUCUGUAGGAGUGAACGAGAAUAACUCUGUGUUGUUGGAGCCGAUCAUGGAUGUCCGAGUCGAAGUGGCAGAGAAGGAUGUUGGAACGGUUAUUGGAGACAUCAGCGGUACAAGGCGAGGCCGUGUACUGAGUCUAGAUGGUCAUAGUCCAGAUCAUCAAACGAUUGAGGACGAGAGUGAAUUCCAGCUCUAUGCACCACCUGAUUCAACCUUCACUACAGACAGCUCUAUUCCUUCUUCAUCGUCACCAUCCAUUACUACAAUGACAAGUCGUAGGGCUAUUCGGGCUCAAGUACCUUUGUCAUCCAUGCUUGGCUAUGAUGCUGCAUUGCGUGGAUUGACGGGUGGCACAGGCAAGUUUGUGAUGGAGGUGAUUGGUUAUGGUGAGAUGGAUCUUGACCGGCAGCGCGAGCUGGUUAAGGAAGUGCGAGGAGGAUAGAAUAUUAGACAAGCUUGACCAAAUUGAAAUAACAGGGAAAUAUGCAAGUCUGUUGUAUCGCCAUGGGCGGUGUCAUCCUGUGUCAUUCCCAACUCAACCUUAAAUGAUGCGAAAUAUUUGGUGGCAAGGCACAACAACUUGUCUAUUUGUACCAUUACACCUACAUGAAAAACUGGCAUGAGUCAACGCUGAUAUUUGUACAACAGUGGAGAAAUCGAUCAUGAACCUGCUCUGUCACCAAACACUUUUUCUUAAAAGCAGG